AUGUUGUUUGUUUUCUCGAUUCCGCAAGACCGUCAGACUCCAAACCAGCCACAUUCGAUUUCUUCUCAGCCUGUUCAUAGUUAUCAUAUGAGAUACCCCAAACACUGUUCUUUCUUACCCAAGGUAUCUGUCCAAGGCUUGAUUUGCUUUGCAAAACCAUCAAAACCCAUGAUUUGGAACCCUACAAUCCGAAAGUUCUUAACCCUAACCAAACCCGAAAAGAAUUGGGAGCAUACAGUGGCCUUCUUAGGAUACGAUCCAAUCAAUAACAAACACAAAGUUUUGUGCAUGCCUUUUAAUGAAACCGUAGACGAGUGUAGGGUUUUGACACUAGGAUCAGCUCAAGGAUCAUGGAGAAAGAUAAAGACCAACCAUAAGUAUCUUUUUAGGAGUUACUAUACCAGUUAUAACUGCAUCAACGGGGUCUUGUAUUAUAUAGCAUAUGCUGAUCAAAACGAGAAUGCUGGCACUAUACUAAUGAGUUUUGAUGUCAGAUCUGAAAAGUUCCAUAUGAUAAAAUUUCCGUGGAAUAAUAUUGGUGGUGGUGUACUCAGACUAUAUGAGGGAAUGUUAGCUUGUUUUAGAAGUAACUAUCCAGGUGAUGGCAUUACAUUGUGGAUUUUACAGGAUGCAGAGAAACAUGUUUGGUCUCCUAAAAAUUUUCUUGUGCCUUUUUAUUACUACGACCGGAGUUUGAAAAUAGCUUGCAACUUAAUUGGUAUCACGGAUUCAGGCGAGAUUGUUUAUGUACCAGUAAGGUUUUAUAAAUCGUUUUAUGUUAUAUAUUAUGAUCCUAAGAGAAACAGGUUCCACAGAGUUGAGUAUAAAGGAAUCGCAGACGAUGAAUCAAGGCUUAAGAAUGGACUUGUAAGAAGUCGUCUGUUUAAUAUUCCUAUUGUCUCGAAUCACAUGGAGAGUCUCGUAUUUUUUUAA